UGGGUCAAUCUGGGACCUGGGACUAUGUUGGGUCAAUCUGGGACCUGGGACUAUGUUGGUACAAUAGACCAAACAGGGAUGGAAAAUAUGUGUUGGGAAAUGGGGACUGGGAUUCCUCAACAGCAUGACCUGAUAGAGACACAAACUAUGAGGAAGACUUCAAAAAGCAUCAGGGCUGGAGUCUGCGAGAGGCGAACGCGGCGGAUGGUUGUUCUGUGAGCUGGUAGAAGGCAAGAUUCAGGAAACGAGAACAGAAGUUGUUACAAAUGACCGAAGACGGUCCUUUGGGACAUCCGUUAAAAUUGGAACGAUACGGACACUAAAGAUUAUUAGCAUGGCCCCUGCGCAAGGAUGACACGCAUAAAUGGAGAAAAAAAUAAUCGUACAAAUGACCGAAGACAGACAUCAUAAAACCACAAGUACAUGGCCCCAGCCUUGCAGUGCGGAAACUUGUCCCCACAAGACAAACGAGGCCGAAAGGUCUUAUGCUGGGCCCACCGUCGAUAAAUUUGAUCGGCGGUCGCGUUUUCGUUUCGCGCCUCCAGAGUUUGAGGUGUCAGGCCCGCGGCGGAGGCGCCCAUGUACUGGUGCUUUAAGUGACCGCCGACCAGUACUGGAGUUGAGCCAGACGCUAAGAGGGGUACUGAAUUAUCGCUGGUGGCCUGCUGCCGAAAAAAACUCAACUAUGGUUACCGAACCCAGUGUUGGUUAGUGCAUGGUGUUUGGAGAAAGAACCCAGAAAUUUGUGCGCGAUGGGCCCAACAGGAACCUUGUGCGACGGGCCCAAUGGAACCUUGUGCGAUGGGCCCAACUGGAGGACAGCACGAUCCGCAAAACCGCCAUUACAAUGUGCAGCAACUGUUCUUUGUUUCCGGAGCCUUACCGCAGGGCAAAAUAAUGUCGAUGUUUGCGCUCACAAGAGUUAAGUUUUCACUCAAGUUGGAAAGUUUUUUCCUCGAGAAGAAGAGGUUGUGGUCAGAUCUGCACCGAUCGAUCAAGGCUGUGCACAACUGGAUUUCUGGAAGUGGAUGAAGAUGAUGGUAGCUAGCUUUGUGUGGCACAUGUGUUUUGCAUGGGCCCAUGAAGUGAAUGCUUUGCGCUAAGGAUGGAGCGCUAAGGAUGGAAGGAACAUAGACUUCAGUGUACAGUAUUGUUCCACCGGGAGAGUUUGGUAUAGCUUGCCCUGUGGAAAUGGCUGUGUAUAUCUAUAGAAUAUACUCAAUUAGAAUGGCUCAGUCACAGGCUGCAGGAGCAGGUUGGAACGUAUGUUGCAUGUUUGAGGGCACAGAGAGAGAGAGAGAGAGAGAGAGAGAGAGAGAGAGAGAGAGAGAGAGAGAGAGAGAGAGAGAGAGAGAGAGAGAGAGAGAGAGAGAGANUGGUUAAAGGACCACAGAAAAAAAGGCUCUAGGGGGGUUGAUUUAAACCCCUCUAAACCCCCUUUUGGAAACCAUAAUGUGGCUAACUGUGGGUUAACUUUGGGAACUCUGGUUAAAGGACCACAGAAAAAAGGCUCUAGGGGGGUUGAUUUAAACCCCUCUUAACCCCCUUUUGGAAACCAUAAUGUAGCUUAGGGUGGGUUUGAGAAAAGAUAGCGCAUGUAAAUGUGAACUUCCUUCUCUACAGUAACUCUGGUUAAAGGACCACAGAACAAAGCUCUUAAGGUGGUUGAUUUAACACCCUGUAAACCCCUUUUGGAAACCGUAAUGUAGCUAACUGCGGGUUUGGGAAUGGGUAGCACAUGUACUAAAUGUAUGGUUAGGCUCAGUGGAUACGAAGAGUGCUUGUACUUGGUCUGCCAGCCUCGCUUGAUGUGCAUGCAUGUACUUGUCCAGAGAAUCGGUCAGAUUCAGCACCCACUAUGCGAUCUUCCCUCCAUCUUGGGACUACCAAAAGGAUUAGGGUUUCUGUCUGCUGCUGGAAGUUCGACCUGACCUGGGUGGCUGAUCCCAGGGACAUAUGCGCAACACUGACAUGUUUCAGGGGCAACGGCGUAAAACUUUGUGACUCUUUUGAGGGACACUCCAGUAAAGUUCUCACCUGCUUGACAUGGUCCAGGGGUAAUGUGGUUCAAAGGAGAACCUGCUUUUUUUUGCUUGCCCCGAGGGGCAAGUACGUAAAGCUGGCUCAACCAGAUUGCGUGCUCCAGGUGCAAACAGUUCAUAGCCACGCCCACUUCAUAUGUGCUGGGCUGGGGGCGAGGAGGUGGAGCCCCACCUGUUUCAGUCGUCAUCCCCUGGGGGCAAAGAGUUGUGGCCUCAAAGCACAUACCGACGUGAUAGUACUACACCACGUUCUCCAUGCGCUCUUCGAACGCGCAGCUUCUUCUCUGUCUGACCCGUUGUUCAUCAGGACCUAACGUUCUCCUCUCCUGAAGGGUCUUGAGAGCCCCCCCCCUUUCUCUUCGGCACCCUAUCUUCUCUCCACGAGCUGUCAUAAGUAGAGGAGGGAAGUCAGACGCAAAGCAUCUGGACUCGAUAAGUGCAGUUCGUCAGCAUCGGCAUACUUCUAGCACGUCCCUCAUGUCAACAGCAUGCAGUAGCUCAACAGCAUGCAGUAGCUGGCGUAGAUGGAGUCGGUGAGUUCUGGUUAAGGGAAGCCAGUGCUUGACCUGCCGACCCCUCCCUGCUGCUCCCCCCCUUUCCCCUUCUUAGGGUCCACCACUGAUUUGCGACUAUGGUUUACGAAAGUCUGUAGUUCUCAGCCAUAGGCUACAUAGCCGCAAGCUAGCUGCGCUGAAGAGAAACGUAGGAAACGUAGACACAGGACGAACAUGGGGUUUGCAGAGCUGCAAUGUGACGAGACAGCGGGUCACGCAGAGCUGCAAUGUGAUAGAGCCCAAAUGAUGGAGAUAGAGCUCUCCUGUAGGUGCUGUGGGUUGCAGAGCUGCAAUGUGACGAGGAGGCGGGUCACGCAGUUGCUGCUCACAGAGGACGCUCUGGCUCCAUCAACGUCGAAGGCAAACAUGUCGGGUGAUGAUCGUCCUUUUGAAUUCAAUUGCCAGCAUCCAUAAUGUCAGAGUUGAUUGCGUCAGUUCUUGGCGGCCAGAGGAGCGUUGUGCCUCGGGCAACGUUUGCAGCAUGUGCAUCGAUCAUCCACUUGAUCAGCAACCAGAUCAGCAACCAGAUCAGCAACUCAGCUCCAGAGGGCAUUGGACGAUGUAAUCUGGGACCUGGGACUAUGUUGGGUCAAUCUGGGACCUGGGACUAUGUUGGGUCAAUCUGGGACCUGGGACUAUGUUGG